CGCUCACUCUUUCUCUCUCUCUCUGUUUGCCUGUUGCAACAUGGCGGCCAAGAAACGCAAGGGUUUCGCCGCUUCUGACCAAAAUCACAAAUCGUCGCGGCUGGAAUCAAAGAAAGUCCGAAAAUCUUCGACUGCCAACGACCUGGUUUAUUACAUUGCUGUCUUCACGAUCGCCAUCACAGCAGGUGUCCUACACAGAAACCAUGUGUCAAAGAUGUUUGAAAAUGACAAGCAUUUCUCUCACCUUUCUACUUUGGAAAGAGAACUUUCAUUCCGUACAGAAAUGGGCCUCUACUAUUCCUACUAUAAAACCAUGGUGGACUCACCCACCCUGAAGGACGGUCUCAUGGACAUAAUGAUGGACAACGUUACCGAGUACCCUCAAGUUAUCAACACCCUCAAGAGAUUCAACCUCUACCCUGAGAUCCUGCUCGCAGUGGGUUAUCGGUCUUAUGAGGCUGUCAAUGCCUUUUUCCAACGGGAAACCAAGCAGUGCUGGAGAGUCAACCGUGGAGAGGGAUUGUCCCCUGUUGAUAGCUGUGAAGGUCUUGGGGAACCGUCUUAUUUCUAUGUUGAAAGUGUCUUCGCCCUGCAUGGAAUCAUGAUGUUCGUCUUCUUCCUGUUUGGAGUCUACUUCAGUGACAGUAUUUUUGGUGGAAUUCUUGCCGUAACAGCUUUCUUUUGUAAUCAUGGAGAGUGCACACGGGUCCACUGGACUCCUCCCCUGCGUGAGAGCUUUGCCUUCCCAUUCUUCAUCAUGGAAAUGUUUAUAGUCACGCAUGUCUUACGAACAAAUCGACCCAUGUGGCGCCACAGUCUUAUUGUUGCCAUAGCAGCUACAUUGUUCAUGAUCCCAUGGCAGUUUGCUCAGUUUGCCCUGAUGACCCAAACAAUGUCAGUUUUUGCCACAUAUAUGCUAAACUUCAUUGGAUCACGGAAACUUAAAGUUAUUGUAUUUGGCCAGUUGUUAGGUUGGUUGAUCAGUUGGACUCUGUUGUUCAUGAAUGAAAUGUUACUCACAUCCUUCUACUUCUCCUGUCUAAUUACAGUGUUGGUGAUUAUGUUUCUGGAACCAUUACUUGUGAAAUUACGGCUCCGGAUCUUAAUUAUGUUUACCCAGGGUUGUCUCCUCUUGAUGGGAACCGUUGGAUUUAAGAUUAUGAUUGGAAAAGUCUUAAAAAUAGCUGAUGAUGCUCACAUUGGAGAUUUACUUUUAACAAAAUUCACCAACUUCAAGAAUUUUCACACAAUGUUGUAUACAUGUGCUGUGGAGUUUGACUUCAUGGAGGCCGAAACUCCAAUACGUGUUUUAAAAACUCUUCUGGCUCCAGGAGUCCUUGUUUCCGUCCUUGCAAUAAUCAUUUUAGUUGUUUAUCAGGAAUGGUUAUCCUGGAAGAGGAAAAAGUCUGCAAAAGGGAAAUCUGAUGAUUCAUUACGAGAAGAUAAAAGCAAACCAUAUGCUGAGUUGGUCUACCAUAUUUUCCAGCUUUUAGCAUUUACAGCCAUGGCUGUACUGAUAAUGAGGUUGAAGCUUUUCUGGACACCACACCUGUGUCUUAUGACUUCACUGUUAGCCUACAGACAGCUGUUUGGAUGGGUUGGCAACAAAGAACGUCAUUUUGCUCUGCUGGCCCUCUACUUAGCUGGAACAAUGUAUCAGGGUUACAAGAAUAUCAGUCAUCAGCUUAGCAUUGUCGGUGAAUUCAGCAACGUCCCCCUGGAGCAACUGGUCGAAUGGAUUGUGUACAACACUGAUAAGAAUGCUGUAUUUGCUGGUGCCAUGCCAACAAUGGCAACGGUAAAGCUUUGCACAAAAAGACCCAUAGUGAAUCAUCCACAUUAUGAAGAUGUUGGUCUAAGGGAACGGACAAUGAAAGUUUAUUCAAUGUACAGUCGGAAACCGGUGAAGGAUGUGAAAAAGAACCUGGUUGAUUUACAUGUGGACUAUGCUAUCUUGGAGGGGUCAUGGUGCCGGAAACGGCCAAGAGAGGGUUGUGCCAUGCCGGAGAUCUGGGAUUUGAGUGACAAAGUGAACCAAAACAAGAAACCAGUUUGUUUGACGCUAAAUGAGAAUGCCGAACCCUACUUCAAGACGGUCUAUCGAAAUGAAGUUUACACAGUGUUGAAAGUGCAAUGACACCCCCUCCACCAUCCCUCACCCCCCCACACACACACUAAUGAAUCUGUCUGAGUUUGAACCUUAAACAUGGGUGGUUAGGAAAUAAAAAAACAUUCCUGUGGAGAGAAGACCCUCCCCCUUGCCCCUCUCCCCUGCCGUUUUCUCUUCGUUUUUUUUUACUGUUGAUUUUCUCUUUAGAUUU